UUUAAUCCACAUUUUCCUCAUGUUUGGUGUGGUGCUGGUCCAAUCAAGAACUAGCCAAUUUCCAUCUCCUGCCUAAUAUCAUCAACAUUUAAUCACAUCUCUCUCCUCUUUCUUAUUUUCUCUCUCUUUUUUUGUUCAAUUCUCAAUGUUGCAAAAUUAAUUAUUAAAUUCUCAUGAUCAUUCGAAGAGAGCUUGAGAAGUUAUCAAGUUUUGCUGAUAUUUUUUUACUUUCAGAAAUUCCUCCUGAGGGGUAUUAUUGUGUUAUCCAUUGACGGCAGCAAAGCCAAUCAAAAUGCCUGAUGAUUUGCCUCAAAUGAGUAACAACAUUUUAUCAGAAGAAGCUCAGAAGACAGAUCAAAGUUGUUCAAAUGAUCAUCAUACAGAAAGUGAUGAUGCUAGAAAGUUGAAUAAUAAUCAAGAUGGUAUAAAAAAUAACAAUACAAACAAUGUAGCUGAACAAAACAACAACAUAGACCAAAAUUCUAAAAACAAUGCAAAGAAGAACACAAGUAGUAAUAAUAAACCACUAUCAUCAUCAAGGCCUCAAAAGUUAGAAUCACUUAUGAGGAAUUUCUCUGAAUUUUCCACUACUCAAAGACCAAGUCCAAGUCCACAUUCAAGAACCCCUUCAAAUUCAGACAUAUUAUCAGGGGUAACAAGGGGAUUUCCAGCACAACAAACAAAGACUAGUGGUACUAGUUCACGUAGUGAUAGUCUAGAGAGCACAAGUAGUGCAUCACAUAUUAAGCCACAUACAGGAGGUGAUGUUAGAUGGGAUGCAAUCAACGUUGUUUCAAGAGGGUGUAAUUCAAGUCUUAACCUUAGUCAUUUUAAGCUCGUGAAGCGUGUCGGGUAUGGUGACAUUGGAAGUGUGUACCUUGUUGAGCUUAAAGGGACAGGUACAUUCUAUGCUAUGAAAGUGAUGGAUAAGGCUUCUCUUGCUAGUAGGAAUAAACUUCUUAGAGCACAAACUGAAAGGGAGAUUCUUGGACUUCUUGAUCACCCUUUCUUGCCAACUUUGUAUUCUUAUUUUGAAACUGAAAAGUAUUACUGUUUGGUUAUGGAAUUCUGUAGUUGUGGUAGUUUGCAUUCCUUGAGAUUGAGGCAACCCAACAAGCAUUUCACUGAAGAAGCUGCAAGGUUUUACUGUUCAGAGAUUUUAGUAGCACUGGAGUACCUCCACAUGUUAGGAAUAGUAUACAGAGACUUAAAACCAGAAAACGUUCUAGUCCGUGACGAAGGCCACAUAAUGCUCUCAGAUUUCGACUUAUCCCUCCGCUGUUCCGUCAAUCCAACACUCGUCAAAUCCUCCUCCGCCCACGUAACCACCACCUCCUCCGCAAUCCUCGACGACGAACACGUCGUCUACGGUUGCAUGCAACCUUCAAGUUUCUUCUUCCCACGUAUCCUCCCUUCAAAAAAGAACCGAAAAUCAAAAUCAGAUUUCGGCCUUGUACGACUUCCAGAACUGAUGGCGGAACCAACGAACGUCAAAUCAAUGUCGUUCGUCGGAACCCACGAGUAUCUGGCUCCGGAAAUCGUGCGUGGCGAAGGACACGGAAGUGCUGUUGAUUGGUGGACGUUUGGCAUAUUUUUAUACGAACUUUUAUAUGGAACGACGCCGUUUAAAGGUAAUGGGAACCGUGCUACGCUUUUUAAUGUUGUGGGACAGCCUUUAAGGUUUCCUGAGAAUCCUUCUUGUAGUGCUGUGGCUAGGGAUCUUAUUAAAGGGUUGUUGGUUAAAGAGCCUCAUAAAAGAAUUGCUUAUAAAAGAGGUGCUACUGAGAUUAAACAACAUCCUUUUUUUGAAGGGGUUAAUUGGGCUUUGAUUAGAAGCUCUACGCCUCCUAUUAUUCCUGAAUUGUUCGAUUUUUCUCAGUAUGUUAGUAAGGAAACUGUUGAUAAGAAGAUUGCAGAAAUUGCUACUGAUAAUAAUAAUAAUAACAAUAAUAAUAAUAAUAGUAAGACGCAGCAGCAAGAUGAUUCUUCUUAUGAAGAUUUUGAGUAUUUUUAGAGGUAGAGAUGAGAUUAUUUUUAGUCGUGGUUGUAGACAUUGUAUACAUUCAGA